CGACAACUCAACAUUUUGAUACGCACUAUGUUGGUACUCCAAAACCCAAUAUGAUAAUAUCAGGUUAUCAAUAAGGUAUCAAUAUAAUGAUACUACCUAUUUUCUGCAGUGCAUCAGCACAAGCGCACCACCUUCAUCAACAACACCAGCACAUCAAUGUCAUCGAUUAUUAUACCAGCGUCUGCCAACCCAUCGCAUGCAGCAAUCAUGGAUCUAGUCAAAGGAAGUUUUCUAACUGAGCCCGUUGAAGGCAUCACUGAAACGCAUUUCCUUGACAAAGAACACGUAUUGCAGACUGUCGCCGUCUAUUUACCAGAUGGUGCGGUUAAUCAGAAUCAAUUGGCCGAAUGGAUGGUCAAAGAUGGGUCCUGGGGUGGAACCAAACGCAAAAGAAUACAGCAUGGAAGAGUCAGUGGUCGCAUGUACCAUUUAGUACAAGAAGCAUACCGCGAUUACAGUUGGGCCGAUCUGCUUAAUGUGCAUCAAUUUCGGCGACACGUGAGACUAACGAAUGGCACCAUCUUUAACAUUGGAUACAUCAGACGCAGCAGCACUCGAGACACGUCCUGUGCAAUAUUAAAAUCCAUGGAAUUGCAAGCAAUCAAAUUGACGCGAAAGCUACUUUGCGAAAAAGUCUAUGGCUCACUCUUCCAGAACAACAUUUACUUGGGAUAUUAAAUAUUAACAACUAAAGUUGUUACAUUUACAUACAACACCUCAGCAUCAUCGGAUCUGCAGUCGCGCGACCAUACGGACAAUCGUAAAUGGCUUGCGUCUGUCCCAAGAUGCUCAGGAAACACACAAGAUAUGUUCGCUACAAUCAACGAUUCCUGUC